GAAAAUUCAGGGUCAUUCAAUAAAAAAAAGCUGAUUUGAUUAAUGACGAUUAGUGAACUUUCGUAUGGAAAAUAAAGACCAUUUCUAUAAAAUAAAUCAUGUUAAAGGAAAAAGGACAAGUCACCUUUGAGGAUAAAUGGGUUUCGAUGCGUCCUAUAGUCUUGAAGUUACUGAAGCAGGAGACUGUGACCCAGCCGGAAUGGCAAGACCUUUUUGGAGCUGUCCAUUCUGUGUGCUUGUGGGACGAUCGAGGGCCUUACAAGUUAAGAGAUGCAUUGCAGCAAGAUAUAAUGAUGUACAUAAAGCAAGCACAGGCAAGGGUGCUGGCACAAAGGGAAGACCAAGCGCUGUUGAAAGCUUAUAUAGCAGAAUGGGGCAAGUUUUUUACACAAUGUAAUUAUCUACCCACACCAUUUAGGCAGUUGGAAAACACAAUCAAUAACAUGAGUAAAAUGUCUACUUCAAAUACAUCGAAUCAACAGAAGAAAAACAACAAUAAUAACAAUGAAGAUAGCCUCGUGCGGAAGCUGAUGCUAGACUCAUGGAACCAGAGUAUCUUUAUGGACAUUAAGCAGCGAUUGCAGGACUCUGCCAUGAAGCUUGUGCAGGCAGAACGCAAUGGAGAGUCAUUUGACUCUCAGCUAGUAAUAGGAGUAAGGGAAUCUUAUGUCAAUUUGUGUUCCAACUCUGUUGACAAAUUACAAAUAUAUAGAGACAAUUUCGAAGCAGCUUACAUGCAAGCAACAGAAGAGUUUUACAAACUCAAAGCCAGCGAGCAUUUAUCAGCAAAUGGUGUGCAAUCAUACAUGAAAUAUGCAGACCAGAGACUUAAGGAGGAAGAAUCUCGGGCCCACCGAUACCUGGAGCCAGGCAGUGGCAGUGUUGCCGCACUUACUCAAUGCUGCGAGAGAGUACUGAUUGGGGAACAUCUCCCCACCUUACUGGCAGAGAGUGCACCUCUCAUCAAAGCCGGAGAGAUGGAUAAGCUUCAACUAAUGUUCCGGCUCUUGGACAGAGUGCCAGAUGGUGUAACACCCAUACUAAGGGACCUCGAAGCUCAUAUUGUAUCAGCCGGUUUAGCCGAUAUGGUUGCUUCUGCUGAUAUUAUAACUACAGACUCAGAAAAAUAUGUAGAGAGGUUAUUAGACUUAUUUAAGAAAUUCAGUACCUUAGCUAAGGACGCUUUUAUGGAUGACCCUAGAUUUUUAACUGCCAGGGAUAAGGCAUACAAGUGUGUUGUGAAUGACACUACAGUCUUCAAACUUGAACUUCCAUCAUCUGCUCUCCUUCGCGGGACAAAAGGCACCGCUCCAGAGAGCAAGUGCCCUGAACUGCUGGCUAAUUAUUGUGAUAUGCUAUUACGAAAAACGCCAUUAAGUAAACGCUUAACUACAGAGCAAAUAGAGUCAAGACUAAAGGAUGUGUUGUUAGUGUUGAAAUACAUUGAAAACAAAGAUGUGUUUAUGAGGUAUCAUAAGGCCCAUUUAACUAGAAGGUUAAUAUUAGAUUCUAGCGCUGAUUCCGAGAGAGAGGAGGACAUGGUAGAAUGGCUAAGAGAAGUUGGAAUGCCUGCCGAUUAUGUGAACAAACUGGCACGAAUGUUUCAGGACAUCAAGGUUAGUGAAGAUCUCAAUACACAGUUCAGAGCAGACACGACGCGCCACGACGCCAUUAAUAUUAAAAUACUUAACGCAGGAGCCUGGGCUCGCGGCUCGGAAAGGGUCACAGUCAGUCUUCCUUUAGAGCUGGAAGAUUACAUUCCAGAAGUUGAAGACUUUUAUAAGAAAAAACAUUCUGGCAGAAAACUACAAUGGUACCACCACAUGAGCAACGGAACCAUAACGUUUGCAAAUGCCGUGGGAAGGUUCGAUCUCGACGUCACAACUUUCCAAAUGGCCGUGUUGUUCGCGUGGAAUCAAAGGCCUAUGGAGAAAAUAAGCUACGAAAAUUUGCGCCUGGCCACAGAACUUCCCGACCCAGAGUUGAGAAGAACCCUGUGGUCGUUAGUUGCGUUCCCAAAACUAAAGCGACAACUGCUGUGUUACGCCCCGGCCGUGCAGAACCCUAAAGAUUUUGCUGAAAACACGACGUUUUGGGUCAAUCAAGAGUUUGCUCUGAUCAAGAACGGGAAACCCCAGAGACGCGGUAAAAUAAACUUGAUCGGAAGAUUGCAGCUGAGUACUGAGCGCUCGCAACUGGAGGACAACCACUCGAUCGUGCAGCUACGCAUCUUGCGGACGCAAGAAGCCAUCAUAAAGAUCUUGAAGAUGAGGAAACGCAUCACAAACACUGCUCUCCAGAGUGAGCUUAUUGAAAUAUUGAAAAAUAUGUUCCUGCCAUCGAAAAAGAUGAUUAAAGAGCAAUUAGAGUGGCUGAUCGAACACAAGUACAUGCGGCGGGACGACGAGGAUAUCAACACUUUUAUAUACAUGGCCUAAAUCACCUUAAAUAAUGUAAACAGACACAAAAUGAAAUAAAAUCUUAAUGAAAUGUA